GCCCUGCAGCGCGGGGACCUCGCGGCCGUGACGCCGGCCUUGCUGCGCUUGGCGGGGCGGCUCUGUGCGGACGCGGUCACCCCAGAAUUUCUUCGAGCGCGAGCCUUCGCUGUGCUUCGCAGGCUUGGCGACGUGGUUGUGGCGCUGGUCCCAGGUGACGUCCAACAGCUCCUGGGGGCAGCAGCUGCCAGUCUCGGGCCCGGAGCACCCCUGGUGGUGCGCGUGAUGGCGCUGCGCGUCUUCUGUCGCUUUCUGUCCGCGGUGGACGACAUGGCCACGCGGGAGGCGUGCCUGGCCCAGGGCAACGUGCUGGCCUCGCUGGGCUCGCUGCUGCAGCACGCGGACGAGGAGAUGCUGCACCUCGCCCUGGAGUCCGUCUGCUUGAUUUCGAAGCAGUGCCCCCCCGCCAUGGUGUCAGCAGAGGCCGCCUUCGCGCCCCUGAUCCUGGACAUCUGGCGGCGCAGCUCGUCGGACCCGCUGGUGCACCUGCAGGUCCUGGACCUGGUGAGCUGCGCCGCCGCCAGCGACCCCAGGCUCCAGCGGUCCCUGGAGGGCCACCUGCUGCCCGACGUCCUGAAGGAUUUGGCUCCGGACGCGGAGGCCAUCAAGGCUUCGUCCGCCAUCGAGCUGUACGGCGUCCUGUUGAAGAGGGCGGAGCUGCCACUCAGGUCGGAUGUUCUGCAAGUGCUGCCUCCUCUGCUUGCGGCGGCUAUGAAGGCCGACGAGAGCGCGCUGCUCCACAACGCCUGCGAGGUCCUGACCUCCCUGGUGCAGCGCUGCCCCGCCCAGCUGGUGGAGCAGGGCCUGCCCGGGCCCAUCCUGCAGUGCGUGGAGAAGCUGUUGGGGCCGAACCUCGAUGACGACGCUUGUGUGUACGUGGCGCCGCUGGUGACGCUGUUGCUCGACCAGUGGGCUUCCCUGAUCCCAGCCGAGAUGGUGCUGGGGCUGGUGGGCGCGCUUGUGACGAGGCUAGCGCGAGCCGAACUGCCCUACCUGCAGCAGGAGCUGAUCGUCACCCUCGCGCGGCUGCUCCACAAGGACCUGCCGGGAACCCUCCAGGCGCUCUCCGGCGUGCGCGUGCCUGCCGCUGGCGGCAGAACCACGGCGUGGACCGGUCUGGAGCUGCUGCUCUCCGUGUGGCUCGCGCGGGCCAAGGAGAUCCGGGCGAAGCGCGCGCGGAACGUGACGGUCUCCGCCCUCUGCCAGCUGCACCAGCGCUGCGGCCAGGACGCCUCGCUCGCGGGUCUGCGCCCGGGGGGCGGCGAGGGCACGGUGCCGCUGGCCGCGCAGCUCCUCGUCGCCGUCGCGGCCGCGCUGGAGUUCGAGAACGAGCGCUGCAAGAAGCUGCGAGAAGCCGAGGCGGUCAGCCUCGAGGACGAGGACGACGAGGACGACGGCGAGGAGGACGGCGAGGACGACGAGCUCCUCGGCUGCGGCAGCGGGCGUGCGGGAGCUGGGAAGCUGCUGUCGGACUUGGUGGACCUCGAGGAUAUCGAUUCGGACGACGACGACGAGGCUGGAGGCGACACAUUCCAAGACUUGGAGCGCGCGGAUCCCUUCUCAAAGUUGGACCUCCAGCGCUACGCGGCGGACUAUCUGGCCACGAGCGGUGCUGCCGCAGCGGCUGCGCAGCCAGAACUGGCUCAGAGGAUGGCCGCAGCCGUCGCGGAGGCGAAGCUGUUCCUCUCGUGA